UUAUAACUCUAAAAAGCUCCGUACUGGCUGUUACAUUUGAAAAUCCUAUCAGAGUUUCAUGAACAGUAUCAAGUAAGCCUAGAAAUCUCGAGGUUUAUUGAUCGUUUGUGAAUGAUUGCAAGACAAUUAACAUUUUAGAGGUUUACGUGACGUUUAACACGAUGUUGAAGUUGGCUUUGGUUUUCAUGGUGAUCUCCUGUGUUCUAAUAGCAGAGGCUCGUAGAUUACCCAGGCUGCGCCUUCAGGAGACUGAACGUUACCAAAGGCAAUUCUUAAAGAACUAUCUGCAUCGUCGCUCGUGUGUUGCAGUUGGAGGAACGGGCUGUGAGGCCAAUAACAGCAAGUGCUGUCGAAAAGGAAACCCGUUCACUGGAACCAUGCGAAGUUGUGUCAAUACAGGCAGCUUUUCAACGCCGGAGUAUACAUGUGUGGAGGCAUAAGGAAACACUCGGCGUCAGAUUCAAGAAAACCCAGAGAUUUUUCUCUUAACAAGUUUUGAUUUGAGUCUUGUCAAAUGCACAUAGGGUGGCUUCUAUAAACUAACCAAAUAGACAUACACUUGCACGCACGUACACGUACCCACCCAUGCGCGUUUCUUAGAUCACAGCUAACUUACGAGUGCAAAUUUAAUAAUAAACUUCUGUUUGUUUCA